AUGCAAAUCACCUCCAUCUUCGUGCUCUCAACCACCCUUCUAGCGGCCCAAGUCCCCGCCCAAUUCAUCCGCUCCAUGGCCCCAAACCUUCCCACCUGGAGCGGCCAGGCCUCGCACGCCGUCGCCUCGUCAAUGGCAACACCCUCUCCCUCGAGCUCGAUCGUAGUGGCCUCCCAGCCCUCGCACUACAUGGCUAGCCACUCUUUCCUACCAAUGGUUCACCGACCCAUGCGUCCCGUCGCUAGACCGUCUUCCUCGCACUCGGUAGUUCCGGCCGCGACUCCGUCGGCCUCAUCAACCUUCAAUACUCAAGACCAGCACCAGGGUUUGCGUCAACCGUCUGCGCAGAGUCCCGAUCAGGCUUAUGCCGUGCCGGAUGGUGGUCUUGCUCCCAUUGAUCCGUUGCAGCCUGGUAGUGAUGUUGCACCGGUGUUGAUUCAGAAGCCGACUGGGAUUGAUGAGGGUAAUUCUUUCUGUAUAGGGCAGUGUUAUGCUAGUGAGAAGGAGGCGCACUGUGCUAAGCCUUACGCUUCCCCUUUGUAUAGGUCGGCGCAUGAUUGCUGGAUGUGCUGCUUCACUGCUGGUGAUUUCUAG